GUGGACACAGCCCCAGGCUGGGGUUUCCCUGGUGCUGGGCAGGGGAUGAGUCACAGAUGAGUCACGGGUCCCCCUCCUGCACCCACCCCAAGGGAGGAGUGGGGCUUCUGGUGCAGCCAUGUCGCUCCUCCUGCUGGUGGUCUCGGCCCUUCACAUCCUCAUCCUCAUCCUGCUGUUCGUGGCCACCCUGGAUAAGUCCUGGUGGAUCCUCCCGGGCAAGGAGUCGCUCAACCUCUGGUACGACUGCACGUGGAACAACCACACCAACUCAUGGGCCUGCAGUACCGUCAGUGACAAUGGCUGGCUGAAGGCAGUCCAGGGCCUCAUGGUGCUGUCCCUCAUCCUCUGCUGUCUCUCCUUCAUCCUCUUCAUGUUCCAGCUCUACACCAUGCGCAGAGGAGAGCUCUUCUACGCCACGGGCCUCUGCCAGCUCUGCACCAGCGUGGCAGUGUUUACAGGGGCCCUGAUCUACGCCAUCCACGUUGAGGAGAUCUUGACGAAGCACCCGCGAGGGGGCAGCUUCGGUUAUUGCUUCGCCCUUGCUUGGGUGGCCUUCCCCCUCGCGCUGGUCAGCGGCGUCGUCUACAUCCACCUGCGGAAGCGGGAGUGAGCCUCGCCCUGCCGCCCGCCUCCCCGCCUCCCCGGCCUCUCUCCUCUGUCCCGCCCCGAAGCAGCCCCUCCUCCUACAAAAAAUAAAAUCGUUUAACCA